AUGCCUUCCACCCCCAGACCUGUUUCAACAGGAAGCGCUCAUCCGUGCAGCGACACGCAACAAGAGGCGACUGAAGGUCGCCCUCGCCGGCCCGAUGCCAAGCACACGGUGAGACAGGGUCGCAUCACGCUGCUCUGCUCCCAGGCAACCACAGCCACCAAGACACCGACGGGCACCUGCAACGGGCACACACCGAUGCUGACAGCCGCCGCUGGGUGCCCACAGGCACCCACGAGGACACCAGGAGGCACCUGCAGCCGAUACCAAGGGAUCCUCACAGCGAGCACCGAGGGAUGGACGUCGAUGGGCACUGCAAGGGACCUGGCCGCCCCGGCGGGCACCCAGGGGGCGGCCCCUCACUCCUCGGCCUCACCUCCGUCGCGAAGCCCUUGCCCCUCCGCCUCCUGCUCCGCGGGCAGAGACCCCGGCCUCGCCGCCUCCCUCCGCCCCGAUCUCGCCGGGGAGAGGCGGACACCGGACCCGGCCGAGGGUCGCUCCCAGCCUGCGGCCGGGCGGCGGCAGCGGAGCCGGGGCAGGAGCCGUCCUCGUUCCCCGCGCAGCGGCGGGGCCGCGGCGCUCACCGUGGCGUCCCCCCUCCCCGCCCGCCGGGUGCCCCUGCCCGUCCCCAGCGCCAGCCCCGCCGCCCUCGGUGAGGGCCUGGCUCCGAGGCACGAUAAAAGCCCCCGACCAGCAGCCCCUGAUCCUUUUAUUCGCACGCCCACGCUGAAGCCCGGGAGGCAGGAGCAGGACCACAGCUCCUCCAGGCAUACCGCAGCGGCUUUGAACCUGCUCGGGUACCAAAGGCAGCGUAACCGCUGCAGGACGGGGCUGGGCGCUGGCUCCCCGCCAGCAUCGUUUCCCAAAGGCCGCAAACUUGCACUGCAAACAGCGUACAUACAGCACUGCUACCUCAGUGGAUGGACAGAAAUAGAGAAGAACUGGAUCCUUAAUAUCGCUGAAAAGCAGCAUGGACUAGAACAAAGCAAGUACCAGAAUGUCCCCUCUAGUCCCAUGCUACAAACUUCUGGAUGACUGCUGCAGUAAUCAGAGCUGUGGCACAGGGCAUGAUGAGGUGGCACAAAUGCAUUAAAGAACGUCCUUUAAGAAAAUAAUGACUCAUUUGUGACACAGAACUAUCUCCAGUUUCUGCCUGUUGAGCACAUGACAGAGAGGGCUGUUACCAACCACAUCACACGCCUGCUGAUUUCCCAGUGGGACUCAGAUUGUACAAUACUCUGUCAGUUGGAGGCUCUAGAAAUCCCCAGUUACCCUCCAGCGGAUACGUAAAGACAACGUAAAAUAGCCUCUGCAAACAGGGGCCAAGUAGAUGACCUCAGCUUCAGAGCAAAAAGAUGACAAUCUCAACAUAUCAAAGGCAAGUAUUUUUGUUGAGGUAGUCACCAGGUAGACCAUGACCACUGGAGAUGGCUUCUCAGAAGUGGUGUUUGUUUACUCCCCACUGACAAUUCAUCUACUUGUAAGAAGUAGAGAAUACUGAAGUUUAAUGGCACGCAUUUAUCAAGGCAGGAAGCAGCAUAAUGCAUUCCUGUGAGACUCUGCAGAGUACAGGCACACACUUUUCAUCUUGCUUAAGUUCAUUUAAUAGGGUUGAGUUAGCUUUUCCCUCACUUAGUUAACCACAUUAAAAUACUGAGGAAGGCAUUUAUUUUCUAUCAAUGAAAUGGAGAGGCUAAUAGUAGCAGUAUGAAACAGCCAGCAACCUAAAUUCAUCUCAGUGCAAUCUCAUUUCAAUGCAAAUGUUGUCAAUUUUUUUCUGUAUAAUGCAGUUCUGUCAGUUCAGAUGUAGCCUUAUUUCCAGUACUGCCCUUAGCCUAGUCUUGGGUCUUCACAGGCCAAGAUGACGAUUCCAAAUUACACUGCAUUUUGGUAGUUAUGCAUAUGCAUCGAUCUGUUGGCGAUACCUCACAUGCUAAAGCAGUUCACAGUUUAUCUCCAAACGUCCAUAAAGCGCCCCCAAAAGCCUAUGUAUUUUAAUUUUGUACUGCCAAGACAAACUCAGUUAGUGGAGGGACAAAAGAGAAAGUAAGGUUCCACAAUGGAAGAGGUUUAUUUUAAGCCUAUGUUAAGCUGCUGCCAGGGCUUGUCUAAAUAUAGAUUUGUCCACUGUAAACACCUUUAGUCUGCAUUUAGUGCAGACACAUGCAGAGUUACUCAGCAAUGGCAAGUAGGUUUUACGUUCACACCCAGGCCCAUGAUAAUUCUCAAUCAUAACUGAUUGCUGAAAAAAUAAUCUGUAAGGGGGUUUUUGCAUCCAAAGAGAAAUAUUAACCAAGAAAAGCUUACCUCCUCAUGUUGGCAUCACGCCUUUGUCAUCUAAGCUUUGGGAAGCUCUGUAAGUGCUCUCAAGAUGAGACGCAAGCUCACCAGGGGGCUGUAGCUUUCAGGCCCAGCUCUUCAACUCACCAUGGUUUGCAAAGGACAGGCAAGCAGGGACUGCGCAGACAUGUUCCUUGAGCUUCUGUAGCGGCUCACAUGCGACAAGGCAGGAAACAGCCUGCGUGGGGCAGGUGUGGGUCAUUGUUCUGCCACUCAGAAAUCCUGGCAUCCAUACCAAGGUUUCCUGCUAACUCCUGUCCUCCACUUGUUAAUGCUUGCUCUGCCUCUGAAUCAUCAAUCCUUGUAUUCUGCAGCGUAGACGGUUUCAGUAUAGCACAGUAUUUAUCUCAAGUACUGGUAAUCUCACCACAUCUGCAAAGAGCUUGGACAAUUUACCGUCAAUAAAUUAGUUUAAAAUGUACUUGCUCUGACAACUACAAUGUAAACAUAUCCGGUGUGUUCUACCACUGCAAUGUGAUACUCUCUCCA